CAGCAACCCCAUAGUAAUUCCCUUAGAGGAAGUAGCAACCCCUACACCCCCGUUUUCGCUUCCUCCGAUUAUUCCCGAGAGAACGACUAGGUCUCUCGAUCUCGGCUGUUCCGCGCCGUUCUUCGGUUCCGACGCGGGCGACAAGUAAACUCGCGGCGGCAUUCCACCGUUUCGUCAUCAUUGCCGCGUAACCAGCGUUUCGUGUCGGUCGCGAGCGCGAGGUGCAGUUCUCGCGCGUGAUGAAUCGCUAGCGAUUUUAAACGCGCAUCGAUUUCGAAGAUCUAUCGGCGCCCCGAGCGCGGAGCAUCCGUGAAAAUGUGCGGUGGUGACCGGUUUCUCGGCAGUCGACGAUGAUCCGAAUAAGUGCCUCGUUGUUUCCCCUUUUAGGUGGUGUUUCCGCGUACACCUUCGGACACUGAUCGCCGCUUACGUCGGGGUCGCUCGGAUUCGACCGAGUUGGAUUCGUUGUGGCUUCUUGGUGGAGUUUGAAGUUUAGCAUUUCUCAGUGUGUAAACGUUAUUUUUCUCGAUGCUCGAUCAUGUUGGCGUACUGUAUACGGGUCCGUUCCUACCCGUUUGUGAGUUGCCGUUGCCAUCUCGUACGACCAAGUACGAUCGCCAGCCUCGUCCAGAGUCAGUGAUGUCCGGUACCGUACUUGACUGUCACUCGCUGUCAGAAACAUGUGGCGGUACUAGACCUAGGGCGGAGGUACUUUGCAAUAUGCCUCAGUUCACAACAGAAGAACUAUUUUUGAUCGCGAUGGCUCUGGACGACGAGCAACGUCAAAAUCGAUUCAAAAAACGAAAACGGAUGUCAGCUGGAUCUCAGAUACAGAUGGCACCACAGUCUACAGUCAACAGUACACAUCCCGUACAUAGCCAAGACUCCAAUAUGAGUACAGGUUCGUCUCACAGCGACAAAGAGGUGGACCCGAUAACUCCGGAGAAGGCGGUGGCGGCGGCGGUAGCAGCGGCUGCGGCGGCCGCGGCGGCUGCGGCAGCGUCAACGCGCACGCCGACGGAGCGGAAGCGGAAACGGAAGGCGGACGAUACGGGCGGCGGUGGUGGCGGGGGCGGAGGGGCGAGCAGAGAAGGAGGGGCUGUGGCGGGCGUUACGACGGGGUCGGCCGCAACAGGCGGUGCCGUAACGACGGUGGGCGGAGCACCGCCGCCGUUGCCAUUGCCGCCCGUCAUCGGCCCGGCAUCGGCAGGAGGGCAAACGACGACGGGAGUGUCUGGGGGCGUACAGGGCACGGGAGGAGGUAAAAGCGCUCGGACACAGGUUACGACUGAUAAGAAAAUCAACGACUACUACAAGCACUCGAACAGUCACAGCCCUAUAAGGCACGGGGGCGCGAAGAGCCCCUCGCCUCAACAGCCCUACGCCAUGUUACCUCCUUCGCCGCAGCAAGUGCCAGGGUUACCCUCGCCACAAGUCUGCAAUACGGUUCCUUUCGAUUUUUAUAAUAAGACGCCGCAGCCACCCACACAGCUGGUGCGAUCUAACAAAAUAAUACAGACUGAUUUAACGUGUCAAAGGAUACAGGAGUUCGAGACGCAAGCCUCGUCCGACCUGGAGGUGCGCAACAGCAAAAUCGAAGAGUUGACGCGCGCCAACGAAGAACUGCGUCACCAGAUAUCGACGCAACAGAAGACCAUCGAUCAGCACAAGCAGCAGGUGAACAAGUGCAUCGAAGUGGUGAAAAAGCUGUUGAAAGAGAAGAGCUCGAUAGAGAAGAAAGAAGCUAGGCAAAGGUGCAUGCAGAACAGGCUCAGGCUGGGACAGUUCGUGACGCAGCGAGUGGGCGCCACCUUCCAAGAGAACUGGACGGAUGGACAUGCGUUCCAGGAAUUGGCAAGGCGACAAGAGGAGAUCACGGCCGAGCGCGAGGAGAUCGACAGGCAGAAGAAGCUGCUUUUGAAAAAACGGCCGUCGAACAACGAGAGCGGCAGGAAACGGAACAAUUCGUCUGCGUCGUCGCUGCACAACGGCACCGCCGAUUCGGCCGGCUUCCUCAAACCGGACGCAGUACCAGGAUCGCUCACGUUGCAGGAGUACUACGAGGCGGACGAAAUACUCAAAUUGAGGCAAAAUGCGCUUAAGAAGGAGGACGCCGAUCUGCAGUUGGAAAUGGAGAAGUUGGAAAGGGAGAGGAACCUGCAUAUUAGGGAACUGAAACGUAUCCACAACGAGGACCAGUCUCGGUUCAACAACCAUCCGGUGCUGAACGACCGGUACCUUUUGCUGAUGCUGCUUGGAAAAGGCGGUUUCAGCGAGGUCCAUAAAGCGUUCGACCUCAAGGAGCAGCGGUACGUCGCCUGCAAGGUCCACCAGCUCAACAAAGAUUGGAAGGAGGAUAAGAAGGCCAACUAUAUCAAACAUGCGUUGCGGGAGUAUAACAUCCACAAAGCGCUAGAUCAUCCGCGAGUAGUUAAACUCUACGAUGUGUUUGAAAUAGACGCAAAUUCCUUCUGUACUGUACUAGAAUACUGUGAUGGUCAUGAUCUUGAUUUUUAUUUAAAACAACACAAAACGAUACCUGAGCGUGAGGCGCGCUCGAUCAUAAUGCAGGUGGUAUCCGCGUUGAAGUACCUGAACGAAAUCAAGCCUCCAGUGAUCCACUACGACCUGAAGCCGGGCAACAUCCUGCUGACCGAAGGCAACGUGUGCGGCGAGAUCAAAAUCACAGAUUUCGGCCUCAGCAAAGUCAUGGACGAGGAGAAUUACAAUCCGGAUCACGGGAUGGACUUGACGUCGCAGGGAGCCGGUACCUAUUGGUAUCUUCCUCCGGAGUGUUUCGUGGUGGGUAAGAAUCCUCCGAAAAUCUCGUCAAAAGUGGACGUGUGGAGCGUCGGUGUGAUAUUUUAUCAGUGUCUGUACGGCAAAAAGCCGUUCGGUCACAACCAGUCGCAAGCGACUAUCCUAGAGGAGAAUACGAUCCUCAAGGCGACUGAGGUGCAGUUCGCCAACAAACCCGCUGUGACUAACGAAGCUAAGAGUUUCAUCCGUAGCUGCCUGGCGUACCGCAAGGAGGACCGCAUCGACGUGCUGUCGCUGGCGCGGCACGAGUACCUGCAGCCGCCGAUGCCGAAGCAUUCGCGACUGACCUCGGCCAGCCAGCAAGCUCAGCAACAGCAGCAACAGGCGCAGCAGCAGCAGGCUCAGCAACAGCAAAGCGGUUCCUUUUCGACGGGCAUCUUCGGCGCUGCGAUGAACGCUUCGUCGAGCUCUUAGUGCACGUUCAAGGGGGCGUGAGAGGGGAGACGCGGGGGACGCAGGCCGGCGGCGACCAAUUCUAAGGGGACGACGUCCACGACCAGGCGCAGGCACAGGGUCGGGCUGAUUUAACGUACAUUCGGACAUUUAGCUUGAAUUGAUUAAUUUCACUUAUGUUUUUUUUAAAAGGUUUUUCAAGAAACUGUUACGAUGUUUUUAAGGCAGAAGGUACUUACAGUAUUAUGGAGGGUUUCCAUAAGUAUUAGGGGCAAAGUACUCCUUUAAAUUGCAUUCAAUGAUUGAUUGAAAAGAAAGGAUCGUAAGGCUGUUUUUGGGCCCGGGAAAUAAACUCAAUAAAGUUGUGACUAUGAAAUUUUAUACAGUCCUUUUCAAAGGUCUACCUGAAUGUGCUCUAAAACAUGAGACGUUCUGUUCCAGAAAAUUCGAUAGAUUUUGUCAAUUUUUUUAAUGGAACGUUCCACAUUUUCUUACAUAUUUAAAUGCAGGAUUCGUUGCCGAGUUAAUAGCGAUUCAAUCUGCGCUCAGCUUUGACUGUCUAGAGAAAUAAAUAUUGCAAAAUGAUACAAAAUCUCCAUAUUGAAAUUUUCGGCUGCCACUUUCACGCUGUCACAUAGUAUUCCUACAUUUUCAUUACCCCCAAAAUCAACUUUCUAAUUUGACCAAAUCAAAAUAAUAAGUAGGGGCGUCAACAUUAUUAUUUUUAUUUCAGUUAUUGUUUUUUAACAGCUCGAAUUUCGCAGUUUUGGCGUUUGGUCCAUUUUCGAAAAUUUUACAUUUUAUCUUUGUAAGAGUUCUUGAUCGUCAU